CCUGCCUCAUGCUACGGUUGCCAAAACAUUUAUUAGAAGGGAGAACCUAACCCAGAUCCCCAAAUUGCCUUCAAUCUGCAAACCCUAGAUCUGUUUGAAUCAAUGGCGCAACUUGAAGAAAUUGAUGAACCCAAGAGCGAAAACAAGAAGAGGAAUCAUGGAUCGACGAAGUUUUUCGUAUUCGUAGACAACCUUUUUCUUUGCAUCUUCUUCGGUUUCCUCUCUUUCCUUCUCUACAAGAUGCUUAGCUUCUGAUUCUUUUGGGAAUUUCCUUUCAAUCAGGAUACUCUUUACAACACAUCAAGGUUUCAUGUGAGAUUAAGUUCAAAGCUUUGGGACAUUUUUGGAUCUUGGUUUGGUUAGAUUUAGAUUCUGUGCCUCCAGGUCUAUGAAAUCUUUUCUUACAUUCAGGAAUUUUUUGUCCAUUUGAUUGAAAAGGGAAAUGGAAAGUGUUUUCUGCACUUCUUGCCAAUGUAAGUCAUGACAUGCAAUCUGAAUUAAAUUAUUUGAAAGUCAACUUUACCGACUUUUUAAAUUCUCUUUAUGUGAUUAUAUCAGACUUUUUCAUUUUCUCUUCUUCUAUUGAGAUAAAUAAGCAAAAUCUCUAGCUGUAGUCCCAACUUGCAAAGGUAGCUUAAAUGCUAUCCACUCAAGACUGCUUCUUUUUGGGGCUAAUCAGGUGCAUAUGGAUUUUCUUAGACAAUAGAAAUGCAUUUUCUGCACCUUGAUAAGUUAACAUAGUGGGUAUUUACUUCUGGAGAGGGUAACCACCUGAUUUCAUAUCGUUUUCUUGAUUGGAGAAGACUCUUCCUGCACAAUUUCAUUUUUAUUGGUGGCUUUCAAUUGUAAGUACAUUGAGUCAUUAAUGACAACAAGAAGCAGCAUUUACUAGGAUGGGAUAUAAUACAGCACUGGGGAGAAACUGAAUAUAAAUUUAUCAUCUGGGGUGGAGCCGUGGAGGGGAUGGUUCAACUCAAUUGGAGCAGAAACACUGUUCUUAUUGUGAAAUGAUGAUAUUUUGGUAAAUUUUUUCUUUUUUCAAACUUUUUUAUUUUAAAAUAUUUUUUUUAGACAAAUAUCAAUUGUGUAUCAUUCAUUUUAAAUACAAAGCUCCUUAACUUGAAUGUAAUUUACUUUAAAGACUUAUUUAAGGUUA